AUGUUUACAAUUGCAAAAUUGUCGACAGCACAGUUUAUUGCACCAUAUGGAGCAUUUGGUACAUUUCCAAUGCCUGCCUUAUCGAAUCCAUAUUUGGGCGCAGUUGGUGGUCUUGGCAUGAUAUUAGGUAAUGAUCCAAUGGUAAUGUCUGGUAUGGGUAUAAAUUUGUUCGGUAAUCCAUAUUUGACGAAUCCUUAUGGACCGUUUGCUUUCACGAAUAAUGGUAACUCAUUCACCGGUUACGGUGUCCAUAAAUAUGGAUUACCCAUGUUUUCAAGAAAACGAUUUAUUCCAGGUUUUGGAUGUUUGAAUCGAUCUGGCUGUGGCAUUGGUUUUCAUAAGAAGGAAUAA